AUGGAGCAGGCAACGCCCACGACUGACAGCAACUGUUGCAGAAAGCGGCGCAAGGUAGACUAUACAGGUGCCGAUGGCACCGCCGACGAUGAUUAUAACAGACCAUGGACUAGCGAAGAACGCCUUGCACUUGCGAAUCGCGACGUUAACAGGUUUGGUGUAUUCAAAGUCAAGGACAAGGAUAUGGCGUUCAAGCAGCGAUUUUCGGUGCCUUUGAUCAAUAAAACCGCCGGUGGAUAUGAUCCUGCGAGACCUGCGCCGACUCUUGGGAUGAGACAGGGCGCUACGUUUAUUGUGAAGCCGCUGCACGAUCCCAGUGGAGAAUUCGCCAUAGUGUUAUAUGAUCCUACUGUUGAUGACAAGCCUACCAAGAAGACGGAACAGACAGAAAACCCAGAGGAGCAGCUACCACGGUUGGAUGAGCCACUGGUCCAUAAGAGUUUAGUAGAUAUUCUUGGUCUCAAGAAGAAAGUUGAAGAUCGUCCGAAAGUCCCUGUCGUCAUUGAUCCGCGACUUGCAAAAAUCUUACGACCUCACCAAGUUGAAGGUGUCAAGUUUCUUUAUCGCUGUACAACGGGAAUGAUUGACGAAAAUGCAAAUGGAUGUAUCAUGGCAGACGAAAUGGGACUGGGGAAGACGUUACAAUGCAUCACUUUGAUGUGGAGCCUGCUUAAACAGUCACCGGAGGCUGGAAAAACUACUGUGCAAAAAUGUGUCAUCGCUUGUCCCUCCACUUUGGUUCGUAAUUGGGCCAACGAGUUAGUCAAAUGGCUGGGUCCCGAUGCUGUGACCCCAUUCGUAAUCGAUGGCAAAGCUACUAAGGCCGAGUUAUCAAGUCAGCUUAAACAGUGGUGCAUUGCUUCAGGUCGUUCAAUUGUGCGCCCUGUACUAAUCGUAUCAUAUGAGACGCUCAGGUUGAAUGUCGGGGAUCUCAAGGAUACACCCAUAGGCUUGUUACUCUGUGAUGAAGGACACAGAUUGAAGAAUAAAGAAAGCUUGACAUGGAAAGAACUCAACAGUCUCAAUGUCAGUCGCCGCGUUAUUUUAUCCGGUACUCCAAUCCAGAAUGAUCUCUCAGAGUACUUCGCUCUUGUUCAUUUCGCAAACCCGAACUUGUUGGGAACGCAGAAUGAAUUCCGAAAGAAGUUUGAGAUCCCAAUCCUGAGAGGCCGGGAUGCUGCAGCAACCGAUGAAGACCGAAAGAAGGGAGACGAACGCUUAGCAGAGCUAUCUGCUAUCGUGAACAAAUUCAUUAUUCGACGGACGAACGACAUUCUUUCAAAAUACCUGCCAAUCAAAUACGAGCAUGUGAGCCCAGAAAUUCGGAGUCUUCUCAGGGGAAAAGGAAGCCAGCCACUCAAAGCAAUUGGACUUUUGAAAAAACUGUGCAACCAUCCAGACCUUCUCAAUCUAUCUGCAGAUUUACCUGGAUGCGAGCAAUUUUUCCCAGAGGAUUAUGUUCCUCCAGAUGGCAGAGGCCGUGACCGGGAUAUUAAAUCUUGGUACUCCGGCAAAAUGAUGGUACUUGAUCGUAUGUUGGCAAGAAUACGCCAAGAUACCAACGAUAAGAUCGUUUUGAUCAGCAACUAUACACAAACUCUGGAUCUUUUUGAGAAACUGUGUCGCGCCCGAGGAUACGGUUCUCUGCGAUUGGAUGGAACAAUGAAUGUGAAUAAAAGACAAAAAUUGGUGGAUAGGUUCAAUGACCCAAACGGUGAAGAGUUCAUAUUCUUACUGAGCAGUAAGGCUGGCGGCUGUGGUAUCAACUUGAUUGGAGCGAAUAGAUUGGUCCUUUUUGAUCCAGAUUGGAACCCUGCAGCAGACCAACAGGCUCUGGCCCGUGUUUGGCGUGAUGGCCAGAAGAAGGAUUGUUUUGUCUACAGAUUUAUUGCGACCGGCUCUAUUGAAGAGAAGAUCUUCCAGAGACAGUCACAUAAACAAUCAUUGUCUUCCUGUGUUGUCGAUUCUGCCGAAGACGUCGAACGGCAUUUCUCUCUAGAUUCACUUCGAGAAUUGUUCCAGUUCAAACCAGGUACACGCAGUGAUACUCACGACACAUUUAAAUGUAAACGGUGCAAACCGGACGGAACUCAACAUAUGAAAGCACCAGCUAUACUAUAUGGCGAUACGAGCACCUGGAACCACUUUGUCAAUGAUGGCGAGAAGGGAGCGCUGGGCAAGAUACAGGAUUUGUUACUGAGGCAAGAGGCGACAGAAAGAGAUGUAUCGGCAGUGUUUCAAUUUAUCAGCAGCUAG